AUAAUCGAAAGUGCUAAAAGCUAUUUAAACCUUUAUACGGUCCUUACCGUAACGUUCCUUUUUGCUUUCGAAAAUAAAUUUGUAAUUGUUAAUGUAAUGGGCAAUAUUUUGCCAAAUUGCCGAUUUUUUAAGCAUAAAAGGUUUUCGAAAUCGUUGGAAAUUUGCGGGGCUUUUUUGGUAUUUUGUUUUAAUAGCCCAACGGCCUUUUCCAACGUGCUUAACGUAGCGUCGGGCGUUAUUAUAAACGGUGCGAAAUCGCAAAUGCCUUUUUUAAAUUUGCUUAAUCCUUUUCGGUAA